UGUAGUUUUUUCCCUAACGGCAACUCAUCCAUCCCCGCCCCCCCUUUUUUCCUUUUUACACUCUGUUCACUCAGCCAUUUUUUUUCCUUCCCGAGUAUGUAGCAAAUAUUUUUGAGUGAUAACAUCCUUUCGCUCCUUUUAAUACUCGUGAAUUGUCAUUUUUAGAACCAAGAAAUAAAAGGGAAAAAAAAAGUUUUCUGCCCAAGGACCGAGACCAUUCCGCAAACAGAAGCGCUGCCAGCCGCAUAUGCUUUUUGCAAGAAUAAUUGAAACCAUUAACUGGAGAGCACAGAAUUCUUUUGAAAGUCUGCCAGUUAUUUUCAAGUAACUUUGGCAGUGGCACAAAAUAUAACACUUAUAUUUUAACUUCUACAAUUGCACUUUUAGGAGCUGGCCUCUCAUUUGAUUUUCAGUUAUUCUGAUAAGAUUUCUAUUUUAUGAUUGGCUUUAUGUUUAAUUCUUGUUGAAACAAACACAAUUUGACUUAAAUGAAAACCUAAGUGCUGACGAAUAGAAAUUUUACCAAAGCAACAAGUUCGUUAUUUCUUCACAUUUAACUUGAAUUCACUUUUUUACCCUUUUUAAAAAAAUCAGCAGUAAUAUUGUCCUAAAGAAGGGUGUGAUUGCUUGCGUUUUAAUUUUUGUUUUUAAUAUGGCUGUAAACGUUUCCCUGGUUCGUGAUACAAAAUGGCUGACUUUAGAAGUAUGUCGAGAAUUUCAGAGAGGUACUUGUUCUCGAUCUGAUGCAGAGUGCAAGUUUGCCCAUCCGUCACGGAGUUGCCAUGUGGAAAAUGGUCGAGUUAUUGCCUGCUUUGACUCUCUAAAGGGCCGGUGUACUCGAGAGAACUGCAAAUAUCUUCACCCUCCCCCACACUUAAAAACACAGCUCGAAAUAAAUGGACGCAACAAUCUGAUCCAGCAAAAGACCGCAGCAGCCAUGUUUGCACAGCAGAUGCAGUUCAUGUUACCCGGCGCUCAACUACAGCCAAUUACUACGUUUCCUGUGACUCCAUCACUUGCAACUAGUCCCACCAUGGCUUUUAGUCCCUACCUAAGUCAUGUUUCUCCUGGGAUGGGCUUGGUUCCUGCAGAACUUUUACCAAAUACGCCUGUCUUGGUUUCCGGGAAUCCUACUGUUACAGUACCGGGAGGCUCUGUUGCUCAGAAACUGAUGCGUACAGAUAAACUGGAGGUUUGCCGAGAGUUUCAGCGUGGAAAUUGCACUCGUGGUGAGAAUGAUUGCCGUUACGCUCACCCCAUAGAUAUUGCAAUGAUAGACACAAACGAAAACACUGUUACAGUUUGCAUGGAUUACAUCAAAGGCCGAUGCUCUAGGGAGAAAUGCAAGUACUUUCAUCCCCCUGCACACCUGCAAGCCAAAAUCAAGGCAGCUCAACACCAGGUGAACCAGACAGCUGCAACUGCAAUGGCCCUGCCGCCUGGUGCACUUCAACCUUUACCAAAGAGGCCAGCACUUGAAAAAAACAAUGGUGCCACCACAGUCUUUAACCCAAGCGUUUUCCACUACCAACAGGCUCUAGCUAACAUGCAGUUGCAACAGCCUACAUUUAUCCCUACAGUGCCCAUGAUGCACGGUGCUACGCCCACCACUGUGUCUGCAGCAACAACACCUGCCACCAGCGUCCCCUUCGCUGCAACAGCUACAGCCAAUCAGAUAUCCCAGUUAUCAGUAGAUGAACUGAGUAGCAGCAUGUUUGUUUCACAGAUGUAGAAGUUACCGAUAGAACACAGACUAUGUUGAAAUUCUGAAGAGUAAAAUUACGGAGUUCCAGGACUUCUCGGUGGGAAGCUGCACAUGGCCUUUCUGUAUAUAUUCCCUCCUCCCUCGUUUCUUCCUCGACCACCUCUACAGUAAGCCUGUUGCAGCCUAAUGUUAACCAAAAACUGAUCAAUGGGAAUGUCAAAAAAAAAAAAAAAAAAAAAAAAAAAAAAAAAAAAAAAAAAAAAAAAGCACUAUAGAAACAAUUAACAAACAGCGCUCUGUUAUAUGAGAUAUACAAGUAGACAAUUAUAAUAGACUUUUAUAACACAUUACUUUAACACACUUAAUCAUUUUAUGACUACCAUCAUAAGUGCAUCUGCACAGUGGACUGUUGGUUUACUGUAUACUAUCGAUGGAUAAAUGUUUGUCUUGUUUUUAAAGUGUUAUCUUACUGUUUUGUUUACAUCAUAGUCUAUGGAUUUGUUUUAAAGUGUACAUCAUUAUCAAGUAUACUCAAUACCAUUUUUUUCAUUAUUGUUAUGUCUUAAGUUUUCAUAUACUGUAGUUUUCUGGGUUGGGGGGGAGAUAUUUUUGUUUUGGGGUUUGGGUUUUGGUUUUUUUUACUAAAAAUGUUACAGUGGGAAACAGGAAUUAUGUGCUUGAAAAACACGACACAAGAAUGUUCUGUCCUUUUCUAUAGUGUGGUUGUUUUCAUCAGCUUACAUUGCUUGUUUUAAAUGGCUCCUUUUAAGAUCUGGAAUUUGCCUUCAAGGAGAGUCUCAGAUUUAUGUGUUAUGAAGGGACAGCUGGCCUGUUAGCCCAGUUCACGGGUUUUACAAAGUGAGUUGAGUCUGGCUUCCUGAAAAGAGAAACGUUGCUACGUAAUAAACAAAAAACAUACUCAGUAAAAAGUUAGAUAUCAGCUGAAGGGGGAGAUUUAUUCAGAAAGCGUCAGAAAACAAGGAAUGACUCCAGGUUUGCUGUCCAUUGCAGUGCCAUUCUUAGCUCCAAAUGGCACACCGUUUUUCUUGCUAUUUAAGUGGUGCCAUUAAAAAAAACCUCCCACAAAA